AGCCUUAAGCCUCCUGCCAAUAACGUACCAUCUCACUGGAUAAAGUAGAACGCCUGUACUCGAAGUCCGUAUCGUAGAUGAGCCAAGGACCACCAUAUCUGCCUCGAGUCUGGGCUUUGGGCGGAGCACCCAACAAGUCCAUUGACAUUCCCGUCACAUCAAUCUGUCUUGCGCUCUACAUAUGCGGAGCCGCAAUUCAUAUGACCAUCUUGCAGUUAAAUAAUCGGCGAAGACACAAGUUCUUGUUUUCUGGCGCUCUAUUCGGCUUCUGCAUGUCCCGAAGCAUAACCUGCAGCUUGCGCAUCUCCUCAGUAGUUUAUGCUCACAACAUCCGCCUUGCCAUCGCAGCACAGAUCUUCACCGCCGCGGGCGUUCUUAUAAUCUUCGUCAUCAAUCUUCUCUGGACACAGCGCCUAGUGCGCUCCCUCCAUCCUCAAUUCGGAUGGCACCGCGUGCCCUCCACGAUCCUCAAGAUCCUCUGGCCACUCAUCGGUCUCACACUCGCUGUGCUCAUCACAGCAACCGUGCAGUCGUUUUACACCCGCCGCCCCCGAACUCUGUUUAUCGACCGCGCACUGCAACUCUACGGCACGACUUUCCUCGCAAUACUUUCGUUUCUGCCCAUUCCGAUCCUGCUCCUCGCAUUCACGGUACCACGUAACCAAACUCCGGAUACCUUUGGUCGCGGCCGCCUCCGCACCAAAGUCGUCGUCCUGUUGACUGGCACGGUGCUCGUGUGUUUCGGUGCGAGUUACCGUGCGGGCACGAUGUGGCUUACACUCGUCCAAAACACUUCUCCCCUACCUGCGUACUACCACAAAGCGGCGUUCUACAUUGUUGACUUCGGUGUGGAAAUCCUUACCGUCUACCUGUAUGCAAUUACGCGGGUGGAUCAGAGGUUCCAUAUUCCGGAUGGAGCUAGGGGGCCGGGAAGCUAUUCGCAAAGUGAGCCGCUGGGGGAAGAUGGUGAGGGGAAGUGGUUGGAGUUGAGUUAGGUAAUGGUCAGCAUGAAAGGAGUGCUAGAGUGGAGCAGAGGCAACGGCACGCAAAGUCGUUGCAUUGGCAGACCCCAUUUUUGUACAGAUGGUAGGGGCGCGAAGAAGUAUAUCACCGCGCACAAAUAGAUGGUUGGGCAUGAUCAAAUGCUAUGUAGUAUACCUUACAAAUUGUAUGAUAGAC